AUGGAAAUUCGGAAGCGAGGAGGAACGGCAUCGGAUUACAAACUUAAAGAUGUAGACGGUGGGCUUGACCAGGAUAUAUUUGAUAUCAAUGAAGAUUUGGGACUGGAUCUUUUUGAGGGAGACAUCAAACUUGAUAGUUAUAGCAAGCACCAUCAGAAAGCCUUGGAAACUUCUAGGAGAAAUCAGGACAAGGCUGACUUGGGGACGACUGGCUCCGAUGUUAUAUUUGGUGUCAGCUGCUGGUCUUCAGUGGGAAAUAGGCAUGUUGGGAGGCAAGAACUCUCCAUUGGGGCAAACUGUGACAGAAUAGCAACGAUUCAACAUGAGUUUCUCCAUGCGCUGGGAUUCUGGCAUGAGCAGUCGCGCUCUGAUCGGGAUGACUAUGUCAAUAUAAUUUGGGACAGAAUUCAGUCAGAUAAUGGAAACUAUCACUGGGACAAGCCUUCCAAGGUAGGAGACGUGGCUUUUUUCCCUAAUGGAACUGAGUUUAGAAGAAGUAAGGGUUACGGAGUCAGUGCCUUUAUAACCCAUAAGAGACUGAGAAGCAGAGAUUUUAUAAAAGGGGAUGAUGUUUAUAUCCUGCUGACAGUGGAAGCCUCAUCCUUGAGCUUUAUGGACUCGUGUAAUUUUGAAUUAGAAAAUGUGUGUGGUAUGAUUCAAAGUUCAAGUGAUAAUGCUGACUGGCAGCGUGUGUCGCAGGUUCCCAGGGGGCCAGAGAGCGACCACUCCAACAUGGGCCAAUGCAAAGAUAUACCCAUUGGGAACUGGCAACUUUACCACGUAACACUGAAAGUAACCAAAAAAUUCAGAGUGGUGUUUGAAGGGGUCAGAGGCACUAGUACAUCAUUGGGUGGCCUAUCUAUUGAUGACAUCAAUCUUUCGGAAACACGGUGCCCUCAUCAUAUCUGGCAUAUAAGGAAUUUCACACAGUUCAUUGGCAGCCCAAAUGGAGAUCUAUAUAGCCCUCCAUUUUACUCUUCUAAAGGUUAUGCCUUUCAGAUUUACUUGGAUCUAAAACAUUUGACUAAUGCAGGAAUAUAUUUCCACUUGAUCUCUGGAGCCAAUGACGAUCAAUUACAGUGGCCGUGUCCUUGGCAACAAGCCACGAUGACACUCUUGGAUCAAAAUCCUGACAUUCGACAACGUAUGUCCAACCAGCGGAGUGUAACUACAGACCCAUUUAUGACCACCGGUUCGUGUCCGUCAGGGGACGACUGGUGGUACAUGGGAGAAAGGUGUGAAAAGAAAGGCUCCACUCGAGACACCAUUGUCAUUGCCACGUCUUCCACGGUUGCUGUGUUUGCUGUGAUGCUGAUAGUCACCCUCGUCAGCGUCUAUUGUACCCGGAAGAGAUAUCGUAAAAAGAUAAGUUCAAAUACGGCAGCUAUGGCCCUGGAAAAUGUAAGUUGA